CAAGAAAGUAUACUCUUAAUUCAGAUAGUGACAUCAACAUUUGGAUGGAUAAACUUAAAUCUGAAUUAUCAUCAAAAGAUCUAUUAGAUGUUAUUGACCCAACGGUCAUUGGUCCUGAUAAUUUAGAUGUACAAACAAUUACAAAAAAAAAGCAAACAGUAAGAGAAAUCAUUACUAGCCAUUUAGAUGAUAAAUACUAUAAGAGGGUUCUCACUAUAACAGACCCUAUUGUGGUAAUAUCAAGUCUAAAAGAAGCUAAGAGGGUCGAAAAUAAUGUCACUCACACUUCUGUUAGAACGAAGCUGUACGGCAUGAGACUGAAACCAAAAGAGAGUAUUGAUGAGUUCUGGAAUAAAUUCGACAACACCUUUGUUGAAUACGAGAGCUGUGAUAACGCAGUACCUCUGACAGAUGAAGAGAAACGGUCAGCUUUUUACCAAGCUGUCAGUAAAGUAAUUCCAGAAGCCCGAACUGCUGAUUUAUUGCAUAGGCAAUUUAAAGGCAGAUCGAUGACUCUGGUUGAGUUGAGGUCUCAUUCGCUGCAGCUGGAAGCUGAGAAGAAGUCAGAAACUUCUCAAGAACAAGACGCGUGUGCAAACCAAGCAAAACGGUUUAAAUCACACCAUGACAACUGUUAUAGAUGCAAUAAGACGGGUCACUACGUCAAAAAGUGUCCUUUAGCAGCAACUAGUGAAUUGUACUGUUAUAUUUGUAAAGUGAUCACUGAUCACAAUACAAAUUCUUGUCCAAAAAAUGAGGACAGUCAAAAUUCAGGCAGGUCUGACUACAGACGUGGUCGUGGUCGUGAUAGAAGUAGAGGUAGAGGUGCUUUUAGAAGAGGUACGUUCUUCAAAGGAGGUUUUGGUGGUAAAUCCAAAGAAUACACCAAAUCCAAGUCGAAGACGUUCAAAAAGCAAGCAGCCCCACCAAAGGAUGGAGAUAAAAAGAAACCACAAGCACGACAAGCAGAAGUUAAUAUUCAAUCUUAGCAGAGUGCGCAGCGGAGAAAAACAAAGAAGUUCAAGGACCUUGUUCUUAAUUGGAACUACAGAUAAAGACUACCUUUCUUUAUUAAUAUUUAAUAUUAGAUGUGUU